GCCUAUUUAGUUUUGAUUAAGCCUUCGCGAUGAGUGCAACCAAGAACGGAAUUGAGAUCAGUGUCGCAACCACAACCGCAGUCACGCCCACCAAGCCCAAGCCCUGCGGUUACAGCGAAUUGGACGUAGAACAGCGCGGUCCCAUUUUCGUCAUCACGUUCAAGCGCAGCGCAGUGCGUAACGCGCUCACGCGUCGCGGCUACUACGAAUUGAUACGCGCGCUCGCCGAUGCCACAUACAGUGAAACGAUCACCACUGUCGUUUUAACGGGCGCUGCCGGUAAUUUUUCAGCCGGCAAUGACCUUACACAACUGCGCCAGUACAGGGAUCCACAAGCCUUCUUGCACUCCUCCGAGUACGUGCUGCGCUUGCUGAUUAAAGCGUUCAUUUACUGUCCGAAAGUUUUGGUGGCGCUCGUCGAUGGCGCAUGUAUUGGUAUUGGUUUUGUAAUCGCUGCGCUUUGUGAUGUUGUCUACUGCACGGAACGCGCCUACUUUCAGGCACCUUUUACACAGUUCGGCAUCUGUCCGGAGGGUUGUCUUACCUACUUAUUGCCGCAAUUGUUGGGGCGCGUUAAAGCCGCGGAGCUAUUGCUGUUUGGUACGCGUUUGAGCGCGGAAGAGGCGUUGUGUUACAAUUUUGUAGCGCGCAUAAUACAAGCAACGGAUAUAGCGCAGCAAUUUUGGCCGCAGUUGGAGGAGUACGCACGCUUGCCGUUGGAGUCGCUGCGCGCCACAAAGCGUCUGCUAAGUGAAGCGGAGCGUACGCAAUUGUUGGACGCAUUGAAGGCAGAAUGUGGUGAAUUGAAGAGCUUGCGUUUGGGCGAGACAUAUCAAAGAGCGAUUGAGGCAUUUGUAAACCGCAAAGGGCGGGAGGAUGGCGUGUUGAGUAAGAAUAAAUUGUGAAGAAAUAUUUAAACGAAAA